GGGCAGACGCAGUCCCGGCCGGUGCGUGGCGGCCGCAGCAUGCCGCGGCCGGCGGGGCGCCCGGGGGGCCAGGGCGGCCCGGACCCCACGAAGUGCGUCUCGCCUCAGUGCUUCGACGCGCUGGUCCGCUCCUGCGUGGCCUGCGACCUCUUCCGGGCGCCGAAGCCGAGAUCGGCCUCGCCUCCCUCCGACCCUUUACUCUUCCCUGGUCGCGCCUCUCUUCCCUGUGUCCCCUGCCCUCCCUCCCCGUCCCCUCCGCCUGUCGUUGAGCCGAGCAGCCUGGCGCCCAGGACCCCGCUGCAGCAGCAGGAGUCGGUGGGCACGGGGAUGACCGCCCAGGCCGAGCCGGUGUUGCCGCUGCCCGCGCUGCUCUUAGGCGCCCCGGCGCUGCUGGGCCUGGCGCUGGCCCUGGUCCUGGUCCUGGUGGCCCUGGUGGCCCUGAGGCGGCGGCGGGCGCGCGGGCCCGCUUCCCCGAGAACCCCAGAGAGAGAGCAGGACGGGCCCCUGGAUAAAGUCGUGGUCCUCUCUUCUGGGUCCCCUGAUGCCACAGCCCCGGUCUGGCCUCCACCCAGAGAAAAUGCAGCCACCGGCCCACCUGCCCACAGCGUCCCCGUGCCAGCUACAGAGCUGGGCUCCACUGAACUGGUGACCACCAAGACAGCCGGGCCUGAGCAACAGUAGCGAAGGAAGGGGCAGGAGGUGGCCCUUGUCCGCCCUGGAGCCAUCGGCCAGCAGACUGCAGCUUGAAUUUGGCUCUUCCUCCCAGCACCUACCUGCCCCUUUCCUGGAAACCAGGCCGCGCUGCAUGCAGACUGAGGCUGCAGAUCGAGGCUGCAGGCCGCAGGGUUCAGCUGUCCCACUGUCCUGUGCCCAUGUAUCAGUGUUUGGGUUAAAACCCUACCGUGGGCAGGGCCCCCCGGAGGCUGUGACUUGAGCCCGAGCUCCUGUGCUUGGCAGGGUCCUGUGCUUGGGAGGGUCCUGUGCUCGGGAGGGUCGGGCCCUUCAGGCUGGGGUUUGCUUUUAGAGAGUGGAAGGCACCUGUGAGCCGGGAUGAAUCUCAAAAGGACCCUCGGGUCAAAAGGACCGAGUGGGACGAGGCAAGAUUUGUAGCUGAGCGCUUAUUUCUUUACUACUUGCUCUCGGGGCUGUCCUGCUUUUAAACUGAUGCACACGGCUGCCACGCUGACCGAAAACCAACCGAUGGGCUCACUUGGGGAUUCAGCACAAGAUGAUUUUAAGAAAUAGCCUGGAUUGUGCUGAUUCUCAGGUCUCUGCACCCUAGUGGCAACCCUGAGCUGGGCCCAGUCUGCUAGGUCCCAUGAUGCCAUUUGCCCUCCAGGGGCAGUCCCUAGAGCCCAAGGCUCACCCUUGGGAGGAAGUCCACAUCCCCUGGGGCGGGACUGCAAAGGCUCCGCACCGACAGGCGGCUCCCUCGGAGACCAUCUGGGCCCCACCUGCCUCCAAAGCUCACUCAGCUGUGCACAGGGAAGGGCCCAGGAUCUGCGUUCAUAAGCCCGUGGCCUUGAACCAGCUGGACUCGAUGUCCCUUGAGUUCCCUCCUAUCUGUGGCCUGCCCUCUUCAAGCACUGGGCCCAAGGGCUGGGGCCACUUGGCCAUUCUGUGCCAGCCCCUGGGGUCACCCACCACCCCAGUGGAACUGUUACUCUGGAGGCGGUGCCACCUGCCCUGCCCGGGGCUCCGGACCACACUGCGCACUCCGUCAGCCUCUCCCGCCAGCCCUCCUUCUCAGGGCUAGACCUGACCGGGACUCCUCCCUGGAUAGUGUCCUUGGAACUUCUUACAGCUCAGCAUCCCUGGAAGGACCACUGGGCUGCAAGUUGCAAGAGGGGGUUCUGGGUAUCAUUUCAUACCGCCGCAGGACCUUGGCUACACUCUGUCCCAUUCGCCGAAGCUCUCAGCUCUGCUCUCCCUGCGCUGAGGUCCCAGUCGCCUGGCCACCACCCUCGACUUCUGCCGAGAAGACCGUCAGCAGAUGGCAUCAUUUGGAGCCCCCAGGACCUGGACCGUCACAGCGGUGUCUCUCCCUCCGCUCCCUCCCUGAACCAUCUCAGACGCCCCUCCCUCCAGGAAGCCAGGUGGCUGUGAUGAGGUCAGGUGGCAGGCAGUAGGCAGGAGGAUGAGGGGCAGUCCCAGAAAGGCUCCAGGCAUCCACUCUCCCCCAUCUCUGGGGCCACUCCAUCGUGCCCAACCCCCCUUUCCCCUCCGUGGAGCCCCAGGGCUGGGGGCUGGGCCUUGGAGGUGAAACAAGCGGUUGAAACUCCUCUGGGGCCUAGACAUGCAAAGCUCUGGCACCUUGUCUCGCUCCCGCUGACCGACCCCUGGCUGACCCCUGGCUAGUGGGUGCUUCCCCUCCAGUCUGUUUCCCUUUCUGAAACAUGGAGGCUGGGUUCGAGGUUCUCUCUGGCCCGUGACCCUCAGAGGAGGAGGACUGGAAAGAACCUUGGAGAAUCCUUGUGCCCCACUCCCCAUUUUACAGAUGAGGAGACUGAGGCCCAGAGGAGAAGGCCUGGCAUCACUGUCAUCCAGCAAAUAACAGAGGGGGUUUAUUCAGGAAGAACCAGGAGCCGGGGCCAGGUGUGCAAGGAGGGGAGUCAGUCUCCUCAGCCCUUGAAAGGACCCCGCCUCCCAGGGGCCUCAGUCCUGGGCAUUGUUUUCUAAGCAGCCUUCUCAGGAUUACUUCAUUUGGUCUUUAAAAUAGCACCUGAAGGGGGCGGGGUGGGGGGGAGUGUUUGCGUUUGCUUUAAACAAAUGUUUUCUAUUUAAAAACUCAAGGCAUGCACUCUGUAGACACUUUGAAAAGUUCGAGGCAGCCAUCUAGGAUGGGAUCUACAGAGAACUGGCCCACAAUCCAGCAACCCCAGGCCCAAGUGCUGGGGUUUCUACGUCACUGUCAUCAUGCUGUACCUAGGAGUUCGUGUCUUGACCGUCCCUUGUAUUUAAGUCCUUCGUAAACAAGAUGAAAACCUUACAAAGGUUGGAAAAGUUUGCCCCUGGGGCAUUUGGUUUUGUUCCGUUUGUACCGUGGUCCCCCUUCAUCCACAGUUUCACUGUUGGCUGCCUGGUGUCAACCACGGUCUGAAAAUAUUCCAUGGGAGGGUCCAAACAUGAACAACUUGUGAGUUUUAAACGGCACACUGUUCUGAGUGGCAUGCCGAACUCUCCAGCUGCCCUGCCUGGGACAUGAACCUGCCUUUGGCCAGCGUCUGUCUCCACGCGGUGCCCGCUCCCUGCCCCUCGGUCACUUAGCCAUCUUGGUCAUCAGAUACAACACUGGGGUUCAAGUCAGCCUUAUUUUACUCACUGUGGCCCCAAAGCACCAGGGCAGUGAGGCUGGCAAUUUGGAUAUGCCGAGCAGAGGCCUUGAAGUGCUUCCUUUAAGUGAAAAGGUAAAAAUGUUCCACUUUAAUAAGGAAAGGACAGAAACUGUGUGCUGAAGCCGCUAAGAUCUACAGUAAGGACAAUUCUGUCCAUGAAAUUGUGAAGGGAGAAGAAGAAAUCCCUGCUGGCUUUGCAGUCAGUGCGUGGUACGCGGUUAGUACAAUGGAGAAAACAUUCCAUUUGUGAGUGGAAGACACGGCCGGAGCCCUGGCCGCUGUGGCGUGGCUGGCUGAGCCCCAUCCCACAAACUGGGAAGGUCUCGGGUUUGAGUCCCCAGUCAGGGCCCAUGCCUGGGCUGUGGUUCCCCGUCCGGGUGGGUGUGAGAGGCAACUGAUCGAUGUUUCUCUCCCAUGUCCAUGUUUCCCUUCCUUGCUUUUUCCCUCCCUUUCUCUUUCUGAAAAUAAACAAAUAAAAUCUUCAAUAAAGAAAAAGGCCAUGAAUAGAAAACAUAUUCUAAUCCACGGCAGCCUGCGGUGCCGGAAAGUGCUGAGGCUGUACAGACUGCAAAGGGGCCACAUUUGCAUA